AUGGCACAGAUUGAGAAGAAUGUUCAUCCUCUGGAAAAUAAUUCAAAUUUGUUGAACAUUAUAGAAGUGGAUGGAGUACCUUUGCCAAUACUAUCAAAAGAAAUAUGGAAUAAAGUCUGUAAUUUUCAAGCCCGACCUGAUGACCUUAUUCUGGCAACUUACCCAAAAGAAUAUUUCUGAUGUUUUUCAGGUACAGCCUGGAUGCAAGAAAUUUUAGACAUGAUUCGAAAUGAUGGCGACGUGGCAAAAUGCAGGUGAGCUGCUUCUCUGGAAAGACACCCCUUCCUUGAAGUAAAAUACCCUCCUAAAGAGAAGCAUGAUUUGGAGAUAGCUAUUCAAAUGCCCUCACCACAAAUGCUAAAAACUCACCUUCCUUGGCAUUUAUUGCCACCAUCUAUCUGGAAACAGAACUGCAAGAUCAUCUAGGUGGCUAGAAAUGCCGAGGACUGCCUGGUACCCUUCUACUACUUCCACAAGAUGACCUCAAUGCUACCUGACCCUCAGAGCUGGGAAGAGUUUUGUGAGAAUUUCAUGUCAGGAAAAUUGGUUGGUGGGUCCUGGUAUGACCAUGUGAAUAGGUGGUAGACUGCAAAGGACAAGCACCGGAUCCUCUUCUUCUUCUAUGAAGAUAUCAAAAGGAAUCCAAAAUGUGAGAUCCAUAAAGUGUUGAAAUUCUUGGGGAAAACUUUGCCAGAGGAUGUUAUCGAAGAAAUCAUCUACCUUACUUCAUUCCAUGUGAUGAAGAAAAAUCCUAUGGCCAACCAAUUUUCUGUACCUACCCACAUUUACAAUCAAAGCAUCUCAAAAUUCCUGAGAAAGGGAACCCUUGGAGACGGGAAGAACCAUUUUACUGUGGCUAUGAAUGAGAUAUUCGAUGAAGACUAUAAAAAGAAGAGGGCAGGGACCACACUGACCUUCUGUGCAGAGAUCUGA